AUGCCUUUAAUUACAAUGUGUGGGAUCCCAGCAAGCGGGAAAACUACUUGUGCCAGACGAAUUGAGGAGUACUUUAGAAAGCGCCUGGCUGAGGAGGGCCUGACCGGAAACAGAGUUCACCUUAUAAAUGAUAAUAGUCUGGGAAUAUCAAAAGAAAGCUACAAACAUACAGGAACUGAAGAAAAAAAUUCUCGAGGCGCAUUAUUAUCGUCAGUUGAGAGACUUGUAUCAAAGGAAGAUGUUGUGAUAGCUGACGGAAUUAAUUACAUCAAGGGAUUUCGGUAUCAAUUAUAUUGUGUUGCACGGGCUGUUGGUACUCCUCAUUGUGUUGUAUAUUGUGGCACACCUGUUGAAAAGGCACGGAUAUGGAAUUCAAAUAGACCGGAGGGAGAAGAAGAAUAUGAGGAAUCCGUAUUUGAUGAUUUAGUUAGCAGAUUCGAAGAACCGAACGACCGAAAUCGAUGGGACUCACCACUUUUCACUGUGAUUUACGAUGAUCCAGACAUUCCAUGUGAUGCUAUCUGGCAGGCGGUUAUGGUGAAAAAGGCGAAGCCGCCGAAUUUAUCAACUGUGGUCAAACCAGUCAGCGAGACAAAUUAUUUGUAUGAAUUAGAAAAGACGACUCAAGAAAUAAUCAACCAGAUACUAGAAGCUCAAAAAAAUAAUGUUGAUACUACGGCGCCAAUUCACAAAUAUCAACAAGAUGCAUACAUUGCUGGAUAUGAAUCGCGUAGCGGAGUUAUUUGUAGAUCGAAUGAUGAUAAUAAAUUUGAAAAUACUCCGGAAGGUCGUAAAACAACAAAACUUGAUCAAAUUCUGUUGAAUGGUAAUAAUAUCACAAUGCUGAUUCCAGGUGGUGAAGGACCAGAGAGCUAG